AUGGCCGAGCUUUAUGAUAGCGCCACUCAUCAGGACCCAAGGGAUAUUGAAGAGUUACCUGCUUCGGUUAAUACAUAUCACUAUACGAAUAUGGAUGACUACUUGAGGAUCAUUUUAAGUGAGCGUCAACGUCUCUAUCGCUCUUUCCCGGCCACCAGCGGAAGUGACGAAAAACGACAAGAUGAACAGACGGAAGGCACGCAGACCGAUCAUAUCAUCUUCAUCAUUGAACCCCUGACUUUCGCACACGACUUCUUGAACUCAGAAUCACAACGUCCUUUUCACGACAAGCUAUCAUUCGACCCGAAUAGACAUAUUCUUGUCGUCAAGAUGCCCUGCAAAGCGCACGAACAACUUGCGGUAGCAUUUGACGAUAUGCUCAAAAUCUCCCUUCAGCCGAUGGGUCUGCACCGAGCAAUUUUUUCGUGGCAUUCAACAACAUUGACUGCCCAAGACGGGUCAAUCAAGGAAGCAGACGGGGGGUGGAGCCCAAGGAGACCCCCUCGCGGAGCUUUGAAGAGACCCUCGGUCAUUUUGGAAGUUGCCUCAUCAGAAACCGCAGCCAAGCUUCGUCUUGAUGCCCAUUACUGGGUUGAUCCAGCAAGAGGCCAAGCAAACAUUGCUAUCGGUGUUAAGGUUCAUGUUAAAAAGCCCCAUAUCACCAUCGAAGUGUGGGAGUGGGAUGAUCGGUUUUCCCGGCCUACCAGAACACAAUACCUGGCUAUCACAAAGUCCGAUGAAAAAAUAAGAUUUGAUCCCAACCCCAAUCCCCAAAUCAUGAUCCCCUUUCACCUUCUGUUCCGACGGCCAGCGGAGAACAUCAGAGAGCGAGACAUUGUGUUCGCGACACAAGAUCUCGUCGAGUUCGCAACUAUGGUGUGGGACAUGGAGUUUGACUACGAACAAGAAUAA